CCGAGGCAGAGGAGGGCAGCAGCCACCGCGCUUGCCGCCGCCGCCGCUUUAAAGGCUCCCGGCGCGGCGCGGAGAGGCGCGGAGCGGGGCAGAGCUGCGGUCUGCGCCGGCCCGGCCCCGCCGCUGCCUUCCUCCCGCCCAGGGGCACCCGCGGCCAUGCCAGGCGGCCGCCGCCGCCCCCGCGCCCGCCCCGCUCGGCGCUGCCCGCCGCGGCUGCCCGCCGCCCCGCGCUGAGCCCGCCGCCCCGCGCCUGCCGCGGCACCAUGUCCCGCCGCAAGAUCUCCUCAGAGUCCUUCAGCUCGCUGGGCUCCGACUGCCCGGAGACGAGCCCCGAGGAGGAGGGCGAGUGUCCCCUGUCCCGCCUCUGCUGGAACGGCAGCCGCAGCCCCCCCGGCCCCGCCGACACCCCCUUCGCCGCCGCCGCCGCUGCCAGCGCCGGGGCGCGCCGCGCUCCGCGCCGCCGGCGGGUCAACCUGGACUCGCUGGGCGAGAGCAUCCGCCGGCUGACGGCCCCCGCGCCUCAGACCAUUCGGCAGACUCUUCAAAAGACCCUGCAGCAUUUUGAGCAUCAAGUUAUUGGUUACAGAGAUGCAGAGAAGAAUUUUCACAAUAUAUCAAAUAGAUGCUCCUAUACAGACUGCUCUGGCAAUGAAGAAACUGAGGAUGUCUCAGGAAUUCUCCAGUGUACGGCUAAUGUACUUGGUCUGAAGUUUGAGGAAAUGCAAGAAAAAUUUGGGGAGGAAUUCUUCAAUAUCUGCUUUGACGAGAAUGAAAGAGUUCUUCGAGCUGUAGGUGGGACCCUUCAAGACUUCUUCAAUGGCUUUGAUGCUUUGCUGGAGCAUAUUAGAACUUCAUUUGGAAGACAGGCCACCCUGGAAUCUCCUUCUUUCCUAUGCAAAGAACUCCCUGAAGGCAAUCUCAUGCUUCAUUAUUUUCACCCACAUCAGAUUGUGGGAUUUGCAAUGACAGGAAUGAUAAAAGCAGCAGCAAAGAAGAUUUACCGCUUGGAAGUAGAAGUAGAGCAGGUCACAAAUGAUAAGUUGUGUUCAGAGGGGACAAACCCAGGUAACUGCAGUUGUUUGACUUUCCUUAUCAAAGAACAUGAAAAUGCAAAUACCACAAAAGCACUUCCACCAGGAACUUCCCAGUCCCCCUUAGACCUGAGGAUUAGUAUCAGCACCUUCUGCAGAGCUUUCCCCUUUCACCUGAUGUUUGAUCCAAACAUGCUGCUUCUCCAGCUUGGAGAAGGUCUUAGGAAGCAGCUCAGAUGUGACACUCAUAAAACCCUGAAAUUCCAAGACUGCUUUGACAUAGUCUCUCCUAAAAUCAGUGCCACAUUUGAACGAGUUCUCCUGAGGUUAUCUACACCCUUUGUCAUUCGGACCAAACUUGAGGAUUCUGACUCUGAAAGUAAAGAUAAGGUGAUGGAGAUUAAAGGACAAAUGAUUCACGUGCCAGAAUCAAACUCGAUACUGUUCCUGGGUUCCCCCUGUGUGGACAAGCUGGAUGAGCUGAUGGGCCGGGGUCUCCAUCUCUCAGACAUUCCCAUCCAUGAUGCUACUCGUGAUGUCAUACUGGUUGGGGAGCAAGCAAAGGCACAGGACGGCUUGAAAAAACGGAUGGACAAGCUGAAGGCAACGCUAGAAUGUACACACCAAGCCCUGGAAGAGGAGAAGAAGAAGACAGUAGAUCUGCUGAUUUCUAUUUUCCCCGAAGAGGUGGCUCAGCAGCUGUGGCAGGGGCAGCAGGUGCAGGCCAGGAAGUUUGACGAUGUCACCAUGCUCUUCUCGGACAUAGUUGGCUUCACUGCCAUCUGUGCUCAGUGCACGCCCAUGCAGGUCAUCAGCAUGCUCAACGAGCUCUACACCCGCUUCGACCACCAGUGUGGCUUCCUCGACAUCUACAAGGUGGAAACGAUAGGUGAUGCGUACUGCGUUGCAGCAGGGCUCCAUAAGAAAAGCCUUAGUCAUGCCAAAGCCAUUGCCCUGAUGGCACUGAAGAUGAUGGAGCUUUCAGAAGAGGUUCUUACUCCAGAUGGAAGCCCUAUUAAGAUGAGGAUAGGCAUUCACUCAGGUUCAGUGCUGGCUGGUGUUGUUGGAGUGAGAAUGCCACGCUAUUGUCUCUUUGGGAACAACGUCACCCUCGCGAGCAAGUUCGAGUCAGGAAGUCACCCACGCCGCAUCAAUGUCAGCCCCACCACAUACCAGCUUUUGAAAAAGGAAGAAAAUUUUAUUUUUAUCCCUCGUUCCCGUGAAGAGCUUCCAGAAAACUUUCCAAAGGAAAUUCCUGGGAUCUGUUACUUCCUGGAGGUGAGGAGUGGUCAGAAGCCACCCAAAGCUUCCAUCCCAUCUGCCAGAGUGAGGAAGGUGUCCUACAACAUCGGCACCAUGUUCCUCCGGGAGACCAGCCUAUGAGCCUGCUGCAGGUCAAAGACUCUUCUAAAAGCACAAGCCCAGAGCUGGGUCAUGGCAGGGCACUUGGAGGUUCUUGCUCUUGCACUGCCUUCUUCUCAACAGGCAGUAAAAAGCUCCAUGUAAUGUCAGGCAAUAAUCAUUUUGAAAAGGUGGGUAACUGCUGUCAGCAAACAAAGUGGAGAUAGGGAAAAAGUUUUAAACUAUGUAUUUCCACUUCCAGAGGAAUUGCUUUCAUAAACUUCAGUCUGGCCCCUCUAUGGCAAACAAAACAACAGAACAAAGCCCCAACGCUCAGAUUGGAGGUUGGUCUUGUUUUGUGCAGAAAGGAUGAUGGUUCUCUGUAGAUUUGCACCAGCUAAGCAGAAUUGAGAGUCAGUUCUGAUUAUGCAUUCCUGUAUUUAAUGUGUUCUUCAGUAAGGUAAUGAUGUUUUUUAACUUUAUGAACAAGCAUUUCAUACAUAUACUGUAGAGCUAUUGUAACCUUCCUGGCAGGAGGAAUUAUGACUCAAUACAAAUAUUGUAGGAAUUUUACCUAUUUUUAUACAUAUUUCACUUUCUGGAUAAUUGCAUUCCACAUACUGUAAGCUGAGUGAGCUUAGAUAGCUUUUCAGAAGUUACUGUAUAUUUCAUACAUUCUACCUGUCAAACCUUAUUGUUAUACAAGUGGGAAGAAGGUAUUUCUUGACUUUUUUGGCAACAAAAAAAAUCAAUAUUUAUGGAAUAAAACCCCAACUUUGGUAAAUAACUGGUUUUUGUGCUAAAAUUUUAGUUGAGCACUGUCUUCUUAUAUAAAAUAAUGUUCAGUAUUUGUCCUAUAGUGUUGUAUGUCCAGUCUUUCCAGGACAAUGUAAACAAAGUGCAUAAUGCCAACGUGUGGACAAACAGAAAAUUUCUCUUCAGUGGGACUAGUUUUCCCUCUAAACUAUCAGCCAGACUGAUUUUCAGUAGAAGCCCUGAACUUCUCUUAAAAUUUGGUAUUGUGGAAACUUAUUCUGAGGAAUUCCAGCAGACGCUGGAAGCUCUCUGGAUGCUGGUUUUCCACAUUUUUUAAUAGGACAAGAUUGAUUAUUGAAAGUCCAUUCUCUUAAUAAUGAUUGCUCAUUGGGAAACUUGGAUUGGCUAAAGGUCCCCUGCUUUAUCUAGUGAAGAUCAAAAAAGCACCAAAAAUGGAAAAGCAGUACUUUUCCAGAUUUAAUACAAAUGGCAGUUCAAGAUUUUAGUUAGUCCAAGACAAUAAAAUUAAAAAAAAAAAAAGGCAAUUAUUUGCUGUUGAAAAUUAAUAUAGUUAUUAUUUUCUUCAGUUAAUCAAGUUGAAGCAAGAUGUGUAUCUGGCACAUUUUCAGGCAUUGUUUAUUUCUCAGGUUUUCUUUUUCAUAAGUGGUGGUGGUCAGUUUUCCUGUGUGGGUGUGCUGCCUUUGGAUCAUACUGGGCUGGGAAAUCUUGUUCUGGGCUUGUAGGUUGUUAAUUAAAAUCUGUGCCAUGAUUCCAGAGUGGCUUAGUUGUACAUGAGCCUUUAAUCACUUUAAUCAAAGGUAAGACUUAGCAGCAACUAGUAGGCAUGGUAAACUCUAUAUUUCUCUAAUCCAGAACAGAAAUGAUCUUGCUUAUGGAUUUAGGAGUCAUAACAUGAGGCACCUCUUGAAAAUAAGUACAUAACUUCCACCACAUUUUGAGAUUAUCCAGCUGGAUCUUUCUGUGAAGGGCAUGACAGUUCUCUAUUUCUGCCCUUUUAGCAGUAGCCCCUGUGAGUCAGCAUGGCACUGCUAGCCUGUGCUGAAUAUGUUUCAGGCUUCCUUUCCAUGAAGCCUUUCUGGAUGAGAAAGGACUGUCUUGAACCUUUACAGACUUCAGCAGAUUGAGGACAUCUGAACUUAAUAUGCAAGGGUGAGUUUUUCCUUGCCUGAGAGGGUAGAUGCAUGGGAAUUAGCCCAGAAACCUAUUUUAAUGCAAAUUCCCUCACUUUCUAGUGGGAUACUGAUGUUAAAGAAUCCUUCCAUUGGUAUUAAAGCAUUCUUGGGAUUAGAGAAGUUAUUUUUUUAUCUACCUUGAUAAAGAGCAUAUGGAAUUAUGUGGCCUAUCUGAAAAAUGACUUACAAAAACUCUUCAAGCUUGAGGUUGUGGAAUUUCCAUCCAAACUACAGAUCUGAGAAUUUCCUGUAGAGGAUGACAAGUUUUAGCUUAUAGCCAUUAGUUUGCACAUACACAGGAUGUAGCCUGCAUUUUUUACCCUGGGAACACCACUGAGAUGUGUAAGAAUCAUAAAUGGAUCAAAGUUCAUGUUUCAACACUGGAAGAGGAAUGCCACUUCCCAGCUAAUAAAUCCAUAGUUCUCAUGUCAUGACUUAGUUCCCUAGAGUGAUUUUUUUUUUCAAAUAGCCAUUAGUGGAUUUAGAUUUCAGUCUGACUUCUCUGGCACAUCUUCACUGUUAAUCAGUAGGUGCUGAUGUCAGAGUCCCAACCUGGCCAAGCUUUUUCUCUUCUCACCACUCACAGUCCUAUGUGAAGAGUAGAAAUAUAGAGAUUUAGACCAAAAGUUCAAUAACUUAUCUCUUACAGUUGCCAAUAAGAAAUGUCUAGGUUAAUUCUGUACUUGACCUUGAUCAAUGGAAACAUUUUCAUAGCAAAUGAUGGAUAAAUGCUUGUUUUACUAGCAAAUUGGAGUAGCAAUCAAAACCAUCCUCAUGCUCUCAGAGACAUUUUGUUGUAUAAGGAAAUCUAAAAUCAGAGAGAUCUGUGUGAGAAUUGAAAAUUUGUAUUGGUAUCACCAUAAAUACAUUGAUAGUGUUUGCAAAUAAAUCAUGUAGCUCCCCAAAGAGUAGAGUACACUGACUGUAUAAAAAUAUACAGUCUUUUUUUUUUUAUAAGCUUAUGAAAAGGUAACAUAUCUAGAACUGCAGCACAGAUGCUAAGUAUUGUGUUAUUUGUGUUAUGAUGAAGGAUGUUAAUGAAAAAAGUGUGGCCUCUGGGGACAUUUUUCUAUGUCAUUGUGUGGAAAGUGUAAAACAAAUUCUCUGCACUUUCUAAAUUAGUAGUUACAUCUGCUAUCUUUCCUAUCAGGUUGCAAGCUUGUUUUGUUGGACACCUUUACAAAGUUAAAUGAAACUAGUCAGACAGCAUUUCUCCAACAACACUUACUUUUAGUGAUAGGGAAAAGGUUCUCAUUUUCCUGAAAUUGUCUUUACAAAUAGAAAGAUUCUCAGAAUUUUGUACCUUGAGAUGAUGAGGUGGGUGGAGAGGUUAGAGGUGCUGAAAUGGUCACAGAAAUCAUAUACUCAAGUUGGAAUUUUCUUUCAGCUUUUUACUUCCUAUAAAACAGAUGAAAACCUCUAGGUAAGAAUUUAAAUUGUGUUUCUUCACAUAGCUUCAAGUAGGCACAUUUACUGUCUUGAGUUUCUGUGCAGAACAGAUCCACUCUUUCUGAAGAGAGAGGGAGGAGAUCUAUUUUGUACUGCAUGUACAAGGCAAAGGGAAGGUGAUGUGAGGAGCCCUCCUAGCUGGCUUCAUCAAUCUCUUUGUGGCUGGUUUCUUGCACAAAAAUCAGGAGGCCAAAAAUCAAAGAAAAGACACUCCACAGUCAUUUCCCCAGAACACUUUUUACAGGUCUUGUGUCAGGUUUUUCCAUCUGCUUGAAGCUCCCCAUCACACAGGCUUUUCUGUGAUGCAGUUCAUAGAGAUCAUGAACUCAGAGCAAAAAGGAAAUAGUGUUGAAGUGGUAGGGUGGUGCAUAAAUUUUGUUCUGCAUCCCUCUGGUAAAAUUUGCUACUCAAAGACAAAAGCCUCUGCAUGGGAGAAUUGCUCCUAGGCCAGGACACUCCAAGUGUGGUUUUCUUGCAGGAUCCCAAAGGAUAUUUCAUUUUUAAUUCCAGAGAGCCAAUAGUCAUUAACUGUGAUUGUGGUUUUGGCUUCUCUGCUCAUUCCCACAUACAGUUCCAGAUCUGUUUUGAAGCCUGGAAACAUGCCUCUGCAAACAGAAAGCCAAAGCUCUUAAAACUUUGGAAAUCUUGUGUGGGAAUUGCCUGUUUUGAAGAAAUCCUUGUGAUUGAGUCAUUAACAGUCUGUGGCAGUUCAUGUGUGUGCAGAUGCCAUUCCACAGUGCUGUCUCCUCCUGUGCUUACAGUGUUCCCUACCCAGCCCAACAGCAGCACUGGGCAUGUUUAACAUCCACCUUCCAUUUCUUCCUGUAUAAAACAAACUGCAAAACCAUGACAGGCUGCAUGCAUUUAAAAGUAUCAGCACUGCACUAAGAUGUAAACUCUGAUAACCAGUUUCACAUUGUGUAUUUCUCUCUUUGAAUAGAUCCUUCUCUCAGGCAAUUUAAAAAUUAAUGGAAGAAAAAUAGCACCCAAAACUGCUGUGUUGAAUUGCAAAUGAGUCUGAGACCUGCACUGGUUGCUGGGGCAAGUUGAAUUACUGGACAGCUUCUGAUUUUUGAGCUGCCACAAGCUGUCACAUGUGCAUGCUUCAUGCAGAUGGUCCUGUCCAGGACUCUGUAAUCCAGCAGCAGCAUUGUAAAUUUAGGACAUCUGGGUUUUCCUCUUUUAGUCUCACCUCUGCUGGGUGCUCAGAGCUCACUGAGGAGAGCUAGUUCCCUGUCCAAGUGCAGUCUCAGAGCUUCUGGCUUCCUUUCUGGAUUCUGGUGAUCUUUUGCAAAAUUGUGCAUGUGUAGUAUCGGAAAUAGCAGCAUGCUUAAAUUAGGAACAAAACAAGAAGCUUAAAAAAGCUUGUCAAACUCAGAGACAGUUGGUUCCUUUCCCUCAAGGUAAUACAUUAUUCAUAAUGCUGUGCAGGAUUGAGGGUGCCAGUGACAGGAGAGGCUAUGGAUGGAUUGAAGGUGCUGAGUGUGCUGUAGACUCAACAAUUAGGAGCUGAUGGGCUUCUGCUGCUGUUAAUAAUUCCAUCAUCUUGCAUGCUAUGUCCUGCUCUCGGUCAGGGUUCUGCUCUCCAAAAGACCUCCACUUUCCUUCCCUUAGCACACUGUGUAUGAUGUAGUGAAUAAUUCCUACUGUUCUAAUUAGCUUAUUUUGUUGACAUGGCUGCUUAUAUCUAAAGAAAAUCCGGGGUUAAAGGGCUGAUCUUACUCUUCUUGCAGCAAAGCCAAAACUGCUGCAGUGACACAGCAAGCACUCACAUCCUUAGAGAGGGAAAAGACCACAGUGAAAGUUAUCACUGGUGGGUUUGGGUGAGCUCAGAGCAUUAACAACCCAUGGCAUGUUUUUAGCUUCCACAAGCACCAAAUUUAUCUGUGCAGAUAGGAGUUACUCGUUAACGAUGCUAUUAAUUUGCAAUGUAUGAGUAGGCUUACAAGAAAAAUCUGUGAAGUGUUUAACCUCAUAUACAUGAUUGAUCUUUUGUGGCUUGGCUGUUAAUCAUGCUUGAAAGCAAGAGAAGCAGUGAGGCUGAGGAAUGCAGGAAUUCAGUCACAGGCAAUGGAUCAUUCACCUCUGCAGAUGCUAGCUUGCUCCUGUGGCUUAGAAAGGUUGAGCUCCAGUUACCUGUGUCACUCUAGCAACACCAGUGUCACUCUGAAAGCAGCAUGAGGCAUCUCAGCCUGCUUCCCUCUGGGCUGGGGUUCACCUUAGAGAGCCCAAUACAACAUGUGAUGCAAAGUGGCAACUUUGCUGGCAGCCGUAACAAAAGGAUCAGUGGAGGCAGAUGUUGAACCAGCUGUUUGCUCCAGGGAUUUUAGUUUCCAAAGUCAGAGUGAGGCUGAAUGUGUUUUAAUUCAGACAAAAAGAGAGGAUUUCAGAGAAGCAAGUGUUUCCCUGGCUAGCAAGGAGGCAGUGGAAUUAAGAUGAAUCAAGGGGGACAUGCUUGUUACCUUGGCUGCAGCAGUGCCUUCAGCUGGCUGUCCCUCUUUGGCAUCCAGCAAUCGAGUUUAUUUUGAAAACUGGAGGACAGGUAAGCACUUCAGGCACUUGUCCCCUCUGCUUUGGAAAGAGUAUGAGGCUCCCUAAAUCCUGGAGUGUGCUUAACUUUCUCAGUGACCACAGAUGGCAAACUUAGACUAGACAUCUGUUUUUCAAGGUGGCCAAGAUAAGUGAGACUGAUCCCACUGAAUUACAUUCUUUUCAGCCCAAGUGCUGUGUCUCAGAUCUUCUGUUGUGCUGCUUUCCAGCAUCCUGCACUGGCCAAAAUAAAUUGACUCAAACUAAGUGUCAGAGGGAUAGAUAAGCAUAUUCCAGGAUAAAUAAAGUGUUGCCACUGUAGCCAUGGUGACUGUCAGGAGCGUGGGCUACUGCAGUUCUGCAAAUCCCUCCUGGUGUCUGAGCCCUCCCUUUGCAUAUGAUACCAGCACUGCCAAUCACAACUCUGGGAUGCCAUUAGGAGUGUGAUUUAGAAAAGGUUUUGAGCUUUGAGCCCCUAGCUCAGUUAUGUAUAACCUAUGUGCCACGUUCACCUGAACUGCAUGGCAGAAUGCCUGCAUAAACCUUAUCCUGUAGUCAAGGUGGUGAUAGCAUAAAUGGAUUCUAAAGAACAGAGAGAUAGUUGCCAGGUUAUCAUUACCACACAUUUUUUGUGCUUUUGUGAAUUUGUAGGCUCAAAAUUAACUUUUCAUUAGCAAAAGAUGUCAUUGAGGUCCUUGUUUUCUAGAUAAUUAUUCCUUAGCAAUACUCUCUAAUGACUACUCUUGAAGCAAUAAAUAAAGCCAUGCUAAUCUCUUGUGUGUAAGCUCCUGUACAACACCUAUCACCUUAACAAAAUGCUUUUCAGUGGGACAUUAAAUGGCAGAAUAACACCCUGACAUGUACUGUUUGUCCUUCCAUCCUCUUUAUCAGAGAAGAGGAGCAUUUAAUGGAAUAAUUUGGUUUUUUAAGGUGGUGUUUUUUUUUGUUAGUUUUUUAAAAGUAUGUGUUGUUACUUACUUCAAUAAGGAAGAGCAGAAUCAGAACUAUAGACCAGAGUUAGGAGAGUUUUGGAUAUAAACAGUAUUUUAAAAGACUGCCCGCUGAGUAAGACUAAUCUCACAUCCUAGGAAUAUGGGAAGAAGUACAGGUAAUAGAUGUAAGAUAUACCCAGGAAUGAUAAAUAGGAGUAAUAAACCAGGAAGGUUUAUACAGUGGAUGACUUCUGUGUAAUACACAGCAGUAAAUAGAUGCUAAAACUGAUUAAUACCCACAGAGGGCAAAUACUGUUUAAUCCAUUUUGGCAUUUGUUUGUUACCAGUACAUCCCUAAGGUACUAUUCUUUUCCUUCCCUAAUGAGAUUAGAACAUACUAUUAAAUCAAUAUCAAAGUUUCUGAACUUAUUGCAAAAGAACAAGCUUAGGAAUAAAUAACCAUCAAGGAGUUAUUUUUUUAGAUGUGAGGCAUUGCAUGAGAGAACAGGUCAUAUGGGAAAGAAAAAGGAGGUACUGACAGGUAUAUUUAUUUUAGAAGUUUCUAUGGCACUUCUGGUUGACUGAAAUAAUUCUGAAACUGUACACUGAAAGCAUGGCCUCUCAGUUCAGAUUAUUUGCAUUUCCUACAAAGAAGGAUGUAAAAUUUUUAAAGUGACAUUAAGUGGCAUACUUCUCAAUCCCAUUUUCUCUGCUUAAACAUAACAUCUUUCUAAAAGUUGAAUCUUACUUUGCUGAACGAUCCUGAGGUUCUAAAUGUCUAAAUAAGUUCUGGAAAUGUGGGUUAGAAAUCCUUCCUCUAAGUAAAGUCCCAUGUGCUUGUCAUUGUUUAGGUGUGUAAACAUUCCUCUCUGGAAAUUUCUUGUGUGUCCUGCAAGUGUAUAAAUAAGAGGCAUCUGAAGAAAGUGAAGUUUGUGUGUAGGAGAGGGCAGCUGUACAUAGAUGUGGUGCUGAUGUUAGCUUUCCUCUCUCUGGAAGCUGGAUGACAAAGAGAUUAUUAAUACAAAGUGCAAGAAAGUAUUGCACAUAGUGUCAUAAACUCUGAGUGUGUAAGGUUGAAUUUCAGGGUCUAUAAUCCUUAAAAGUUUUAGUGGAAUUGCAUGAGAAAUGCAUAAUGUUUGAAUUUUUUAUUUUAAAUAAGUGUUGAAUAUCUACUUACAGAGAAAAAUUGGGGGGCUGGGGGAAAGAAAAUCUAGGAAGUCUAUAAUGCAAAAUGCAAAGAGUGUCCUGCUUUUUUGUAUUAUUUGGCUUUUCUGGAGGUAGGAAUGAGAAUUCCUCCAUGAGUUUUAACAAUUAAUGCAACACUAGAUGUCAAACAGGGCAAGUGGGGUACUUUGCCAACUAGAAACUUGGAGGUGGUAGUAAGAAUGUCUUUUAAAAAGUGUAUGGGGAUAAAUGUUAGCACUUUUUAAAAAAAUGGAGACUGCUUUGCUCUGUAAGCAUUGUUUAGAAAUACUUAAACAGAGAGAAAGCUUGGAAUACUGUUGUAUCAUGAUAAAAAGGUACAAAGUCUAUGAGAGAAUCUGUAGUUCAAACCCUUCCUUCAGAAACAGUCCUCUGUAUGGAGUUUUCAAAUGCACAUUCAACCAGGAGUUGUCUGUAGUGAAUUUCCAAGGAAGCAGCAUUUUACCCAGCAGCUUCUGCCAAAAUACCAUGCAGAUCAUGUUGGGUAAGGCCAAAAUUUAACUCAGUUGUUGAGAGCUUAGUAAGAGAUACAGAGCAUCCCAGUUUUAGAUGUGCUUACUGACAGGACAGCAUUGUGCCUUUUAUUGAAGUCUAAACAAAACCCAUUGUAGAUAACACUCCCAUCCUAAUACAUGACAUUUAUACUGUCUUGCCAGAAAAAUUAGAACUUCACUAAGUUGAAGCCAUUAAUAUCUUUGAAGCUAGAAUAUUCCUUGUUACUCUUAUGUCUCACUGUGCCCAAGUUGCAGUGGGGUCCUCUAUAGAACCAAGGGUAUUGUUAGUUGCUGUAAAUAUAAAUGAAAUUCAGCCAAUCUGCACUUAGAUAUCUAAAACUUAUGUCUGGUCUGAGCUGCUCAGGUCAGUUCCCUCUACAGUCAGUGCAGACAUCCUGGCAUUUCAAAGACUGAGCUGUCCUGGAGAAAGUCUUAGGGAUGAGAUAAACCACUGCCUUAGAUGUGCUCUUCUCUUUCCUCCCCAGUGACACUGUGUGGAGGUGGAGGACUAGUUCAGAUUAGCUGCUGUGCUGUAGGUGGGAUGAAUUCCACUACUGUUUUAAAAUGGGAGGAUGCAAAGAGGAGAGCACCAAAUACAUAUGGAGACAAAGAUACUGGGGCAAGGGCCAGGCUUCAGACAGAGAUUCAAAGGGAUGUGAUGAUAAAAUUAUUAAUAUUUAAGGGUUUAGAAGUUUGAGUAGGGGGUUUAUUCUGGUAUUGGAACAUUUCUUUUAGCAGUCUGUGAUUGUUGCUAACUCCCCACUUUUGCUGUAAGAUAGCAGCAGUGUAUUACCUGAUGUAUUCACCAAGGGCCAUCUCUCCAAACCAUCCUGUUAUUUACUGCCUGAUUCCUUCUUGGAAUAGCUACGUAAUCAGUCCAUCCAUCCAUCCAUCCAUCCAUCCAUGCAUCCAUCCAUCCAUCCAUCCAUCCAUCCCAGAAAUGUGUAUCUUUUUUUUUUUAACAUUGAAAUGAUAAAUUUUCCUCACCAUUUUUUUUUUCUUGAAACAGUACAUAGGUCAGUGUCUGCAAUCACUUGGGAAACAAAAGGGAGCAGAGGGUGAGGUGCUGGCUGGAUGUUCUCUUGCAGUGAUCAUGGUUACUGAAGCUUCUCUCUGACCCAUCCUUGUGUUCUCUUGGAGUACCCAGACUCUCCAAGAGGAGCUUGUGUCAGGCUCUGAAGCAGGGAGGAACCAGGGCUGCCACUGUGCUGCACUGCUGCAAACUGUGUUUGCAGCUGCCAUUCUGAUCCUUAGACAUCUGUGGUGAUUCCCACUGCGGUCAUGGUCCGUGGGAAAGUUCCUCUUGGGAAGAAUCAAUAGUAUGCAGUCCUCCACACUGUGAACUGUUACUCUCCAGAGAAAAGGAUUAGAAAUAGUAUUGUCCUCAAGAGCUGAGAAAACUUGCAGAUUUUCCAUGCACAGUGAGCAGUUUCUAUAAUUACCAGGAAAACAAAACAGAGAGGCAGAGUUGUGCAGCAGGGCCAGCCCAUCUCAUACACACUGCUGUGAUAAUGAAAUCCAAACCCUGUGGAAUUGCAGGCACAUUAUUCUCACUUGCUUUAAAGGUCAGCUAAGACACUGAUUUCUCAAACGGGCUCAUGGCUCUGAGACAACGUCACGCUAGUCAUUUCUUCCAACAAAUUGCAGUUGUCAGAGAAACUGGAUUAGUAGCUCAUGGAGCUAAAAAUAGACACUAUGGGCUUGCCAGAGAAGGGUGAAUUCAGCAAUAGAGGUAAAGGUGCAUCAAAAUAUCAUAAAUUUCCAUCUGGAGAAAAAGCAACAAAAAAUGCUCAAGUGAAAGCAAGUUAACCAUAAAAUUACUUCAAAAACAAUUGCAAUCACAAAGAAGAGGAAUGACAAGGUUUAGUCUUAAUUCUGUUUUAUUCACCUUCUAAAUCCACCUUACAGUUUCUGUUUUGUCUGCUGAAUCAGUCCCUUCAAAGUUCAAUACCUCAAGUUAUGACUGAAAUUCAUGUUAAAGCCAUUAUUUGAAUACUGAAAAAAAAGUUUUUGGCUUGACAUUUCCAUCUUCUUUGCAGGAGGGAGAAGGAGAUAAUUUAUUGCUAAACUUAUUCAACUGAAAAAUAAAAACUAAACUCCCAAAACCCAAAUCUAAUAACAGAGCUACAGUGAAAGCAAAUUUCCAAACCUCAGCAUAUCUUUACUAAAAAGUGGGUAAUUUUCCAUUGCCUCAAACAUUUGCAUUUUAAAGAAUUCUCUUCUUCACUGUGAUUUUGCAAGUACAUAUUGCUUCUUUCAUGAAUUUAACAAACUAGACAAAGCAAACCACUUCAUCAUUUUUCCUCAAAUAUUUAUUUUCUGCAGCAGGGCAACUCCACCAUACUGUGUAUGACCCUGGAGGAGCAGCAAUCCACUGCAGAUAGGGAACCUCAGCCUGUUUGGUCAAAGUGAAAAAUUCUUCUGGAUACAGGCUGGGUGCCAGUUUCUACUAUGACUUAAGUAAUUCUUUUUAUUUAUGUAUUCACAAGAUGACCUAUGCAUAGCUCAGGAAUAACCUUCACCACUUUCUUUAGAAGUUCUUUCUGUAGUAUGUGUCUUUUCUGCACACCUGUUAUAAGAUCUCUGCAUGUCAGAUCUGAGGCAGUGACAAGUGUAGGGUAUAAAUAAUAACUCAUGUCAGCGAAGCAGAUCACUGUGAAAAAUAUUUGUAAAGCAUUUGUGCUUAUUGUCUUACAAGCUAGAGGGGUUUUUUGCAAAUUUUGUUCUUGCAGAAGUCCUCAUUGGAAAAGAGGUCAAGAGUAAUCUUGAUUUUGGGAUUUAAUUAGCUGUUUAUCUGGCAUUCAGUGUGUACCAUUAUUACCAGGGUGUUAGGGUUCAGUGGUGGAACAGAGAUGUCAGGACAAGCAGCACCAGCAGUUACCUGCAUCCCACGUCCCUUGCAUUAUGUACACAUUCCAUGGCAUGCUUUGUGUUUUACAGAACAUGAUAUGACUGCUUAAAUGUGUAGAAAUUUGGUUAGGGAUAAAUAAUACAAAAUACAUGGACAUUGUCUGAUAGCUGUCUUGAGAUAUUAUGGAUAUCUUGUCACUCACCCUUGGGAUUACUCUGAACCAGAUCAUGUACCUUUAGAAUCCAUCCUUACUUCAGUGAAAGCAGGGCCAUCCUCAUCCCUUCAGUUUUUAAGCUUCAGUUUCAUUAUAGCCCAGAGAUUACUGACAUAAGUAUUUUCCAGAGAACAAUAACUGUUUCAUUUAGUUGGGUUGUUUUUCCCUGAAUAUGGUGGGCUCCACUGUUAGGAAUGACUACAUUCCUUCCUGAUAUAAGUUUAACCUUUCCCAGGUUACUAAAGUAAAAGUUCUGCAAAAGUUCUUCUUUGCAGAUCCCACAGUGUUUUGAAGAGACUAUGUGUAUUCUGUUUGCUCAAUUCAUGGGUACAACACAUAAAUAAUAAGGCAUUCUCAGAUCACCAUCCUGGAGAGUCCAACCAAUUAUUUCAUGGCCACAAAUAAUCCCCUUUCUCUCUUUGCCACUUUGCUCUGCCUGCAUAGCCAACCUUAGAGAAGGAACUGAAUGCAACUGAAAAUAAUCUAGUGGUUUAUGUUCAUAUAUUUCAGUGGGAUUAAUUUGUAAUAAGGAGAAACUUGCAAAACAAGCCCAUAUUAUUGGCAUGAAAUUCACAAUCUGGGCCUACCAAGUCAUGGUUCAGUCUCUUCCCAAAGCCUUUGAGAACAAAUUGAACUUUGCAUGCAAUAUCUCACCUAGAAGAAGUGAUAACAAUUUUCCAGUUGUCUGUGACUGUGAUUCUGACUCUCCCUUCUAAUCAGGAGUCAUGAAAUUCAAGAAAGUGUGAAUGGAAAGUAAUUUCUGAUACUUGUUUAAACAUUUUUCCAGGAAUCAGCUGAAACUGGUGAUUUAACUGGUGAUUCAUUCAGGCUCAUCUUCAUUUCCUCUGAAAGUAAUUCUAGAGGACAAUUAACUUUGAUGCCUUAGAGUUGUAUCUUUCAACUUUUCCCUUUAAUUUCAAUGUUGCCAAAGUAAAAAUCUGAGGGCUAAUUCCUAUCUAAGGUGGUCACAAACAUCUGUUAUAACAGAGCCAGACAUAUGGGAAGAUAACUUGGAUUAUUGUAGGAAGAUGGAUUUUCACUUGAGUUCAUGAUGCUUAGUUCUGGGAGUGGGAAUUUUAGGAAGAGUUAUGAGCCACCCAUUGCUGGUGUGACAUUUACUGAUAGCAGAACAAAGGGACAGAACUGUUCAGUGGAGUGCAGUUUUCAUUACAGCUUUAUGAAUGCCGAGAAUUGCUCCUUGUCUUGUUUCAAACUUCACUGUUCUGGAUGCUGGAUACAAAUAUUUGGUCCUCCUAAAAUGUGAAGAUUGACCACCUCAAAGCCUGCAUUCCUGUGGAAAUGGAGAAAUAUCCAUCCCCUGGGUGCAAAUGCUUUUUGUGUAGUUCUGUAAUACUGUUUUAGUGUUGUCUUAUGAAGUUUAUCUGAAGAGACUUGUACAAGCAUUCUGCACUAAUAAGAUUACAACCUUGCACUACCAACAAUGGUUGCUUUGCAUUAAAAUAAUCUUGGAUGCCAUUAAAGAAUCCUAGAGCUCUAUCAGGGUUUAGAGCACUGAGAUGUUUGUGAACCUGAACCUGUUUGCAUAAAAUUUCUUACAGAAAAAGGAUAAUCUAAUUAACGACAGUAUUCCCAUUUUAGUGUACACAGAGGAGUUAAGGCAGUGUCCCUAGAGAUUUCUGUCAACUUAAUGGUUAAGAGAUUAAUUUUAGUACUCUAUAAAUCUGAACAUUAUUUUAAAACAUCAACCUAUGAUCUAUUGGGAAGGGAUGGGGCAGGUUAGAGUUUUACUGUCAGAUGGCACGAACAGAAAAGCUCAGAAAGCAUAUAAGCCAGGAUCUUCCCCCACUGAAGUAAAGGGAUUAAUUGCAAAAUUGCAUCUGAUUACUUGUCCUGUAACUAGCUGUUCAGCAAAGGAAUCCAUCUGCCAGCAGAAGCAGAGUCCAUACAAACUACCACAUGCUGCAUUUCAGUUCUUUUGUUGGGAUUUGUUUGGCAGACUUAGUGGUCUGGAAGUUCCAGUAAGUACCUCUGUUUGAAAGUUGCUACUUCAGUUAUGAUUGCUUCCCCAAACCAACUGAAUUUAUUACUAACCAAAGACUUACCUACUUGAAAAAAAGAAAACAACAAAACCAGUAAAGUUUGGUUCUGUCAUUUGUGUCUUUGGAUGUGAGCAGUUGAAGUGCAUGAUGUAUGUACUAACCAGGCCUGUGCUGUGGCAUUGAAGAAGUUAUUCAAGGCUGCAGCACCAGUAUUACACAUUCAGAAUUCAGUAUUAAUUAAUUAAAACUAGUCUAUGUAAAAACUUGAUGUGCCAUAUGUGUAGGCCAUGGGAAAAUUGUGUGUGCAGUGAACUAUAUACGGUCUUAAAAGCUUUAACAUUUGUACUGCUCUUCCUAUAACAGAAUGUAUGUCUUGAUAGCUGUUGAUCCUAUGAGCUUUUGAAAAAAAAAUGUAAUCUAAAGUUUAUUCUUCUUGUCUUAAAAUUACUGUUUUGUGUCUAACUGUUUACACAGACCUGCAUACAGCAGAGGGUCUUUCUCUGUAUGUUGCUGGGAAAUGGAAAAGCAGAUGCUAUUUGUAAAUCUUGCAGGCUUAGAGAGAUCAGUGAAUGCCUUCCCUGAAUCUCCUCCUGAUAAGCCACUUCUAUUUACUAGCAAAUGCAAACAGUGCCAAUAGCCUGGGCCUUCUUUAGAGGAAACAAAACAGCCUUGUUCUGUCUAUCUAUUGAUACUUCUUAAUUUUAUCUUUUUGCCUCCUUUUGAGCCGGCUUUGGUGAUACAAUUCUUACAAAGUGUAACUGAGGACAGUUUGCCUUUUAUACCCUUCUUUUUUCAAAGCCUCUGAAGGCCUCAAACAAGAAGAAAAAACUUUACAGAACUCGUGCAGGUAUGUUGCUAACAGGUAGCAGAAGGAUAAAGCAUCCUUCUCAGAGUGCCCCAGGCUGUCUUUUAGCAGUGUGCCUGCACUGUGUUGUGACUUGACAUCUCGCUUUCAGAGUGUGACCUGCUGUUAAUGGUGUUUGUUGCAAUUUUAGUUUGUCCUAAAAGAUUUUACUUGUUUGUCAUCAUAUUGGAAACAUGAUGUACACUCUAUAAGAAAAGCAAUAUGCAAUAUACUAUACAUCUUCUAUUUCAAUGCCUCUAGUUUUAGGCUAGUACUCAUAUAAAUGUUUAUAAUCAAAAUACAGGUUUUCUUGUUCUUCACAGGACCAAGCAAAGUUUUGCCUUGUCUAAAUACUAACAGUAACAUUUCUACUCAACAAAUACUCUUUGCUCAUGCUUCUAGUUUACUUGUGGUGGGCUCCAUCCUACUGAUUCCCCAUUAAGCAUUUGAAAGGGAAAAGUAAUGAGCUAUUUCAGUGCAUGACCUUUGCACAGUACCUGAUUCAUAAAGAUAAAUAGAUGCAAAAUUUCAUUUAUGAGUUAUUAGUGAUCAGCAAAACAACAAAAUCCUUUGAAGCUCAGCUGAGGAAAUUCUGAAGUUCUCACAUUGAUUAUUCGGUUUUGCAGUUUCUUGUGUCAUUAUAAUGCAUCUAUUUGAUGAAGCCUUGGCCAUAGAUGCUGGUAUCUUCAUAAAAGUUGUUUUAAUUUCUGCUUCCAGUUAUAUGUGGAAGUGUACUGUAGUGGAUAAAUUAUCUGGAUUAAAAAAAAACAAAACAAGUUUUCUUCAAGACAAUUCUUACUUUAUUUGACCUUGUCCUCUGGUAGAUAGCUCACUUUAAUUAAUUCUUGUCAUAAUAGUAGUACAAUAUCCACAAAAAAUGUUUUUCCAGAGAAACCUCACUCAAAAAUAUUUUGAUGCUGUUUGUGACUAGGAUGCCUCUAUUUCAGAGCUAAGUCACUGAAGAGGUGAUCAAAGAAGGAUAUUAGGACAAAUCAAGAAUUUUUUUUGUAUAUGGUUUUAAAAAGUGAUAUGAUGGGGAAGUUAAUGAGUUUUUUUUUCUUAUUAAAAUUUGCUGACACACUUAACAGCUGCUCAUAAAAUUUAUUUCUUUCUCCACUGUCUUUCUUUUGAAGUCAGAAGAUCUCCAAAGCAAAAAAAAGUUACCUGGUGACCUUGUACGAAUUACAUAGCAAAUGCAAUCCAGACACCAAAUCCAUCCAGACUUUAAUUGUCCCAGAGGUCACUAAUUCACUGGAAGUCACUGACAGAGCUUGUUCUUAUGAACACUGUAAUAACCCAGUAUGAAAUGCACUGGUUCAGUUGCAUUGUUGGCUGCUCAAGAUACCACCCAGAUAGCAUUUAUUAUUCUUCUCCCAUUGCUUGAAAAGGAAAAUAAAUAAAUAAAUAAAUAAAUAAAUAAAUAAAUAAAUAAAUAAAUAAAUAAAUAAAUAAAUAAAGCUUAGGUCUGUGUCUCUGCAUUACUUGAAUUCUCAUAUGUGCAGACUGCAUCUGGCAUCUGGUAGUAUGUUGCAGACUUGCUUUUAUGACAGAGAAGAUGGUUUAUCUCUUUUGUGAUACCUUUUGUUUUCCUGUCUGGAAUUUUUUGACAUCUCUUCAAACAUAUCAGUAGCUUUUUUAGGGUUUCUUGAUGCUUGGAAAUCUUGGACAAAAGGUCACACAAAACAUGCAGAACAAGUCUGUAUCUCAGGUGAGAAGUUUUGAAAGGAUAUUUUAGGUUUAUUGCUAGGGGCAGACCAACUUUUUGAGUUCAGUGGGCUCACCUUAUGCUGUAGAGCUGAUGUGUAAAGGCACAACACAUUGACACAUUGCUCAGCUCGGGCAGACACAUGGUCAAUGCAGUCCAACUUGGCAAUUCCUGAGAAAAAUGGAAUUUACAGCAAUUGGAAUUUCAGAUGUUGGCAGGAGUACAUGAUUUGUACCACCUACUCUCUCUUGUGUCAUGAAAACUAUCUAGAAACAUAGGAAAAUAAGAAGGAAAGAAAAAAAAACAAUCGAGGGCAAUUGUGAGGCAGAGCUCAUUUAUCAAAUUUCAUGUUCCAGAGGUGGAACUAAAACCAUUCAAAUACAGAGGCCAGUGCUGAUCAGCAGUAUCACAGGAGUUCCAUUUCAGUUUCCAUAUGCAAAUUUUAUACUGAGCAGCUGUAAUCCUGCCAUGGGGCAGGAGGUGUUUGACUUUUUAACAAUCCCUGUUCAAAGAUUGGUUGCUGAAGUGGUCGAUACCCAAAAAUACCCUGCAGUGUCUUGGCAAGCAGGGUUCAGUUUCCAGCAAGGUUUUGUGGUAGGAAUGUGAAUGUUGUUGUGAAUCAGGACUGAGCAGUGGAGGUCCUAAGCCUUCCCAAAACAAAUCCCAGGACCAGUUUUGCACACACCCUGCACACAUGGCUGUGGAUUUUAUGAAUCAGGUCUGUGAUCAAUGUUUGGAACAGUUCGUUUGCUGCAGUGUCAUGGGGUUAUUCUCUCUUCGGUUUGCAAUGUAAAUAAUACUGUACAUCUGCUAUUUUAUGAUACAAAUGCCAUGUGGGUUGCUUAUUUUUAAAAUGUUACAUAGCUCUGUUAUGAUUUAUUUGCAAUGCCAUCUUACAGUAUUGGUUUUAUGUACAAUGUAUCUCAAUGGCAUGAGUGAAAAUGCUUAUAUUUUGCAAUGUCAAAUAUUUUAUUUUUGUUUUUUAAAAUGAAUACAUUUCAUCCUAUGCAGUUCCAUAAAUGUUUCUUAAGUGGCUCAUUAUGUCUGAAAAUACUGCUUCCUCUCCAGUAGUGCAAGCAUAAGAACUAGUAUUCCUGAUCAAAAUCAUCAGAUAUGUCAUCUAGCAAUUUCAGAUUAGAAAUAUAUGUACAAAUAUGUAAUUAUUUAUAGUUAAUUAGAACAUCUACUGUAUCUUCCUUGCUUUUCAUGUAAUGAUACAUUUUAAUAAUUUUGUAUUCUUUUUAUUUGUAAUUAUUUGUGACUCAUACACAGUGUAAAUAACAUGUUUCAUUAUGCAAGUUUUCUAGGUAUUCAAGACUACAAAAAAGUUUGUAUAUGAAAAGAAAUUGAUAGUAGAUUGGAAUGACAUAAAAUGAAGUGGUGACAACUAUGUUCUAUUUAUACUGUUCAUUUCCAAGUUGUCUGUUAAAGGAAAAACAUUUCAUUUUCCCUUUAAUGUCCAACCGGUUAUUUGAAGUAUAUUUACAUCAAUAAAUCAUGCAAAAGUCUCAUUGAAAA